GUCACGGCGCGCUGUUCUCUCCGCGGACUCAGAGGGAGCGACGCCGCGGUGGACGCACGGAGGAUCCUUUACCGCGUCGCACCGCUCCGUUUCCGCGCCUCGAACAUUGGAUUUUAUUACUACGCCACGGAAUACCGCGUCCUCUGCCGCGUGCCCGCAGUGUUUGUGCCUCCACGUCUCCCCGGGAUCCUACAGCAUCGCCCGCGUCACAAAACAGCGCAUUCGGAUAGCGCGUAUGGAUAACUUUUGGCGCAUGGGGGUGGCGGCUCUUCUGCGCGGACGAUGCCCCGGUGUGAGAGCGCUGUGAGCGGCCACGGAGAGCUGAGAUCGUCGGCGUGUGUGUGUUAUUCCUCCGGAGCCUCCCGCCGCCGCCUGUGACGCCUGCCUGUGCCGCGUGUCGCCGCUGACAUGAUUCUGCCGCGCGGCUGGUGCUGGAGCGGCGCGGGCGGCUGGCUGCGGUUGACGCUUGUGUCGCUCCUCGCCGCGUUACCUGUGGAGCAGCUGCGCGCCUUCCCCUCCUCCCUCAGCGACUGUCAGACGCCCACCGGCUGGAACUGCUCCGGAUAUGACGACAGAGACACAGACCUGUUCCUCUGUGACACAAACACCUGUAAAUUUGACGGAGAGUGUCUGAGGAUCGGAAACAUGGUCACCUGCAUCUGCGACUUUAAGGUACUCAACUACACUACAGUAAAAGUACUAGAGGAGAAGUACUAG